AAGCGUCUGAAUGUGUGAGAUGACAGAGACUUUGUCGCUCUCCAAACCUGGUGCACUUUUCUACCCCGCACACUAGUCACGUUCACGUUUGAGUAUUGCGGUGUUUUGUAUCCCGUGCAGCGUCUUUCUGUAAUAGAAUUCACAAGAGAAAAAUGGAAGAGGUGAACAGUCCUUCACACUCAAUGGGAAGUGGGCAACCACAUCAGCAUCCAGUUAAUCACUCAAGACCGUUUUUCUAUGUUCAACCACCUUCCCAACCGUACUACAUGUACCAAUGGCACAUGAACAACCCAUACAGCCACUAUGGCUUCCCCGGAUCAGGCCUCCAUUUUGGACGUCCGUAUAUGCCCCCUUACCCAUAUAUGCAAUGUCCGGGCUAUGUCGUCCCACAUGCCCCGAUGCAGCCGGUCGACUACAGAAGAAUUUUUAACCCGCACUUCCCUUCCGCCGCCAGCUACGACGUCAGAUUCCGGCACCACCAGGCGCACGUGCGGCGGGAGACCGCCUGCUCGGAGGCUCAAACCGACCCCAGCGACGCCGUGAACAAGAUCAUCGAGAGCCUGGAGAGACUCCGAUCCCGCGGCCCGGUCGCCGAGAAGGAGCUGGACUCGGGAAUCGUCUCCCAGAGCUCGGGAACGUUCACGACGGACGGGGACUCGAAGAUGCAGCGGGAGCAGGACGAGGAGGCCGACGCUCUGCCCGCGAAGUCGUCUUCGUCUUCGUCGACGUCCUCGUCGCUGUUGUCCGAGUCGGAGGCCACCCGCUCGCCGAAGACCGUCGCGCCAUUCAGCAGCUUGCCUGGAGCCACGUGCAAGUCUGAGUUGAGUCAGCGCCGUUUCGAGGAGCUGGUCCCGGAGGAGGGCUGGUCCGGGGGCCCCGAUGGGGUGCUGCCCCUCGACAGCUCCUCAAUUCACGAGGAGAGUGUGACCCAGAAGGAGGAGGAGGAGGAAGAUGAGGAAGAUGAAGAGGAGGAAGAGGAUGAGGAAGAGGAGUUUGCACUUCACUGUGUGCCUGAGAAGCUGUCAAGCACGCAAACUGAUGGUCAUGGAUGCAGCGGUGAUGUGGGGUCAAAGGUAGUGUGUGGAGUCCAAGUUCAAACCGAAUCCAUGCAGGUGCAACAGCCCGGUCCCACGGCGGACGCCGAAGGACCCUGCAAGAAAACCGCCGCCCUCUCUCGGCCGUCACCCGAGUCGCCCGCGUCUCGGCUCUCCAGCUGGCUGGCCGAAGACGGCGCCAGAGAGCAAAGCGGCUACGAACUUCCGAAGGCGCCCCCGACUCGCUCCGCCGACGCGGCGGGAAUGAGAGCCGACGUUCCGGAGAAGCCGGCCGCGGAACCGGAAGACCCGCCUUACCGGAUCCUGCGGCUUCCCUGCGACAAGGCGACGACAGCCGGGCUGCUGCAGAAGGACGACCCGCUGUGGUACAUGGACUCGCUGUCCACGCUCCUCCCGCCGCACGCUUACCUGUCGUCCUUCGGGAACGCGGCCGCCUACUACUACAGCUACUACCCGGCCGUGGCCCAGGAGAGGCAGAGCGUGCUCAGCCCCUCGCUGGACGAGCUCUCCUCCCGGGACGAGAUGUUCUCCACCGACCUCGAGGACGUGGAGGUGAUGUCGGGCCACGUCUACACCGGCGGGAGGCUGGCCCAAGCCCCCCGCGAGAGUCCGGACCCUAAAGCCGGCGCCGCGCGCACGGAGUGCCGCGUCUGCCCGAAGGUGCCGACGUGCGCCACCUGCGGCACCUGCCUCGCGAGGCAAACGAGGAAAAGCAAGGCCCGCUACGCCCACGGGACGCGCGACCGCCGCGCGAAGGGCGCCGAGGACACCGACGAGGGCGCGGCUGAGGAAGACGAGGACGAGGACGAGGAGGAGGACGAGGACGACCGCAAAGUGCUGAGACACGCCUGCGAGGCCAGGAAGGCCCCGUCGAAACGGCUGCCUCACUCCCAGAGGCCUUCGCAGCCGCCCCCCGUCUGGCAGCCCGUCAAAACGAAAUCCAAGAAGGCCGGCUGCUGCGAGCACGCCGGCGAUCCGGCCUCCCAGGCGGAGGUUCCCGAUUACCUGCGGGUGAUGGAAUGCUGUGAGGAACACAAGACCACAGCGAAAGCCGAAAGGUACAAGGGACAAGAACCGAGAAGUGCUCAGUCCAGACCACACUCAGACCGACAGCGAAGAGAGAGCUCCAUGGCAUCAGAGCUGGAGAGCUGGGAGAGCUGCAGAGUCAAACCAAGACCCUGCAAACCCCAUCCUCCUUCACGGGUAGAAGAGAAGCCCUUGCGCAGGACUCCCUGCCAGACGUUUGUGUGCCCGAGGUCUCACUGCACCGACAACGAGGAGGCAGAAUCUCCACAGUGCCACAGGGGAAGAGGUGAGGCAUCGUCCCAGUGUCGACGGCGGCCUGUACCGUAGUGGUUAAGGGUCCACUAAGAGGUGGCACAAGAUGCAAAAUUAACAGCACUCAACAUUCAUCUGGCGGGGGGGAUUAAAAAAUAAAUGAAUAAAAUGUUAAAGCACUUAAUAUGAACUGCUCACGAAGCACAUUGUAAAGAGGUUGGCAGGGCAUUCCUGUAUCUGUAUAUUUUUGUUUUUCGUAUUCGCUUUGAAUCCGAGCUGCAAGUCCACUGCCUGACGAUGCCAUGCUGGGAUGCUUGUGCAUUCCAGCCCUGCUCUUAAACCCUGUGGCUACCGAUCCCACUGGGGCCCCACCUUGACCGUUUGUAUUUGGUAUUCCUGAAGCUCUGCUGCCCCCUGAGCUCAUCAAGGUGGGGUGUGCACUGGGACUGGGGUCCUGGGAGCGACUGGCUGUUUUUGGGCAGUGGAACUGCAGCCCCUGUUCCACUCUGGUAGGUUUUUGGCAGCUGAUGGGUUGGUGUUUUCUACUGAGGUGCAGCUGGUUUUUUUAUCGUUGCAAUGUUUGAUGCGGCACGGAUUACCACGUCCGUGUGACUGCACUGUAAAUAAAAUCUUUUGCAUUGCACUUAA